AUGAUUGUGGACUUCAGGAAGAGCACUGUCCCCCCGCCCCCACCCUCCGUGAUGGACUCCCCCAUCACCUCUGUGGAGUCCUUCCGUUUCCUGGGCACCACCAUCACCCAGGACCUCAAGUGGGAGCCGACCAUCAGCUCCCUCAUCAAGAAGGCCCAGCAGAGGAUGUACUUCCUGCGGCAGCUCAGGAAAGCCAAGCUGCCUGCACAGAUGUUGGUGCAGUUCUACACGGCCAUCAUCGAGUCCAUCCUCACCUCCUCCAUCACCUCCUCCUUCACCUCCUCCAUCACCUCCUCCAUCACCUCCACCAUCACCUCCACCAUCACCUCCACCAUCACCUCCACCAUCACCUCCUCCAUCACCUCCUCCAUCACCUCCUCCAUCACCUCCUCCAUCACUGCAGAGGAAGUGAUCGGCCGCAGCCUUCCAUCGCUGCAGGACCUAACAGGACUGCGGCACAGGUACACACGCAUGAUCCGGACCCUCCUAGACCCAGACGGGUCCCCAGAACCCGCGACCAGAACAGGAACACUCACAAUCCUGUCUAACCCACUGGAGGAACUGUACACAAGCACACAAGAGGCUGAAAACACUUCUGACCUCUCCAAUAACUCACCCACCGUCCAAGAACAUGAGGACGAGACUAGAACACCAGUGAUAAGGAGAGUAGCCGCCCCCGGAGCCCACAAUAAGCUCGCCCGGGCCGUCGCAGUAGCAACCACGCUCGGAGCUAACGGAUCGCUCCGGCGUUGGCCCCCCGCUAGCGCUGAAUGGCCAGUCUCAGCGGUCUGUGUCCGGUCUCAGAGCUCUAGGUCCGGGUCCCAGAGGUCCGGGGGGGUCUCAGACCUCCGGGGCCAGUCUCAGAGGUCUAAGUCCGGGUCCCAGAGGUCCGGGGGGGUCUCAGACCUCCGGGGCCAGUCUCAGAGGACUAAGUCCGGGUCCCAGAGGUCUAAGUCCGGGUCCCAGAGGUCCGGGGGGGUCUCAGACCUCCGGGGCCAGUCUCAGAGGACUAAGUCCGGGUCCCAGAGGUCCGGGGGGGUCUCAGACCUCCGGGGCCAGUCUCAGAGGACUAAGUCCGGGUCCCAGAGGUCUAAGUCCGGGUCCCAGAGGUCCGGGGGGGUCUCAGACCUCCGGGGCCAGUCUCAGAGGACUAAGUCCGGGUCCCAGGGGGGGUCUCAGACCUCCGGGGCCAGUCUCAGAGGUCUAAGUCCGGGUCCCAGAGGUCCGGGGGGGUCUCAGACCUCCGGGGCCAGUCUCAGAGGACUAAGUCCGGGUCCCAGAGGUCUAAGUCCGGGUCCCAGAGGUCCGGGGGGGUCUCAGACCUCCGGGGCCAGUCUCAGAGGACUAAGUCCGGGUCCCAGAGGUCUAAGUCCGGGUCCCAGAGGUCCGGGGGGGUCUCAGACCUCCGGGGCCAGUCUCAGAGGACUAAGUCCGGGUCCCAGAGGUCCGGGGGGGUCUCAGACCUCCGGGGCCAGUCUCAGAGGUCUAAGUCCGGGUCCCAGAGGUCCGGGGGGGUCUCAGACCUCCGGGGCCAGUCUCAGAGGACUAAGUCCGGGUCCCAGAGGUCUAAGUCCGGGUCCCAGAGGUCCGGGGGGGUCUCAGACCUCCGGGGCCAGUCUCAGAGGACUAAGUCCGGGUCCCAGAGGUCUAAGUCCGGGUCCCAGAGGUCCGGGGGGGUCUCAGACCUCCGGGGCCAGUCUCAGAGGUCUAAGUCCGGGUCCCAGAGGUCUAAGUCCGGGUCCCAGAGGUCCGGGGGGGUCUCAGACCUCCGGGGCCAGUCUCAGAGGACUAAGUCCGGGUCCCAGAGGUCCGGGGGGGUCUCAGACCUCCGGGGCCAGUCUCAGAGGACUAAGUCCGGGUCCCAGAGACCUCCGGGGCCAGUCUCAGAGGACUAAGUCCGGGUCCCAGAGGUCUAAGUCCGGGUCCCAGAGGUCCGGGGGGGUCUCAGACCUCCGGGGCCAGUCUCAGAGGUCUAAGUCCGGGUCUCAGAGGUCUAAGUCCGGGUCCCAGAGGUCCGGGGGGGUCUCAGACCUCCGGGGCCAGUCUCAGAGGACUAAGUCCGGGUCCCAGAGGUCUAAGUCCGGGUCCCAGAGGUCCGGGGGGGUCUCAGACCUCCGGGGCCAGUCUCAGAGGACUAAGUCCGGGUCCCAGAGGUCCGGGGGGGUCUCAGACCUCCGGGGCCAGUCUCAGAGGACUAAGUCCGGGUCCCAGAGGUCUAAGUCCGGGUCCCAGAGGUCCGGGGGGGUCUCAGACCUCCGGGGCCAGUCUCAGAGGCCUGGGUCCGGGACUCAGAGGUCUAAGUCUGGGUCCCAGAGGUCCGGGGCUGGGUCUCAGAGGUCCGGGGGGGUCUCAGAGGUCCGGGGCUGGGUCUCAGAGGUCCGGGGCUGGGUCUCAGAGGUCCGGGGGGGUCUCAGAGGUCCGGGGCUGGGUCUCAGAGGUCCGGGGCUGGGUCUCAGAGGUCCGGGGGGGUCUCAGACCUCCGGGGCCAGUCUCAGAGGUCUAAGUCCGGGUCCCAGAGGUCCGGGGGGGUCUCAGACCUCCGGGGCCAGUCUCAGAGGACUAAGUCCGGGUCCCAGAGGUCCCAGAGGUCCGGGGGGGUCUCAGACCUCCGGGGCCAGUCUCAGAGAACCAGGGGGGUCUCUCUGGGGAUCCCAAGCCGAGAAGCGGAGGCUGCAGGGUGGCAUCAAGUGGCAGGCAUCCAACUGCCUAACCGCUCCACGGUAUCCCACGGAGUACAGGGCUAGUACCAUGAUCACAGAACAGGCAAUACCAUAA